AAGAGUUUGAAGUCACUCUGGUUGUUCUUGAAAAGGCGUCAGUGUUUGCUUGAUCUCCACACAGCUCAACUGUUGCAUUGUGGUCAGAACAAGAUUCUUCAGAAAACUGCACUCGGUGGACAGAUUUAAAUGGUCAAAGCGAAACUUUUCGCACUCCAAAACUUUUUUUACUUGAUACUUUAACAUUUUUCCUGGACUCAUGAACUUGAUGGAACUUUUUUAGUUCUGUGGACAGUUUGGAUUCAUCGCUUGGGAGAAUAUGUUGCUUAUUUUGGAAAGAUGGAGAACCACCACUCCCAUUUGAGGGCUGCCAGAGCAGAACUCCCAAGGUGUGACAUGUGAGCAUUCUGUGCAAGGAAGAGAAAUAAUUUGCAGGGGAAAAACAGCAAACUCUCAGUGUUGAGCGGAUUUAUGUGUGUGAUUUUUUUUUGAGUCAAAUCUGUCUUUUUGAUGAUCUUUGGACAUCUUCAACUUGUCGUUAGUUGAGCCAAUGAAAGAUGAAUUCCUCAAACGAAACAUUAGAAACAUACCUUAAUCCACCGGGAGAGUGGUUCUCCGUCAUGGCGGUCAUCAUCAUCCUGGUCACCGUUGUUGGAAACCUGCUGGUCAUCAUUGCUGUGGCACGAACCCCACAAUUACAGACUUCAACAAACAUCUUAAUCAUGUCCUUAGCAUGUGCAGACCUCAUCAUGGGGGUCCUCGUGGUCCCACUUGGGGCCAUUUAUGUCCAGACAGGUAACUGGCAGCUUGGCGAUACAUUCUGUAACCUCUGGACUUCAGUCGACAUUCUGUGUGUGACCGCAAGCAUUGAAACGCUUUGUGUCAUCGCUGUCGAUCGGUAUGUAGCCAUUACAAGACCACUGCGAUACACAGUUCUACUCUGUAAAUUUCGUGCAAGAGUGAUAGUCUGUGUAGUCUGGGUUGUGUCUACUUUAAUUUCGUUUGUACCAAUUAUGAUGAUAGAUAAAAAAUUGUGGCAAAAAGACAACAGCAGUUGUUAUGAAGAUUAUAACUGCUGUGACUUUGUGGUUAACAAAGAAUAUGCUAUUUCAUCCUCGUUAGUCUCUUUUUAUAUCCCACUGGUAAUAAUGAUAGCUGUGUAUGCACAAGUCUUUGUUAUUGCUGCACGACAGGUCAAGCUCAUAAAGAAAGCUCGGCCGCGUUUGCAGAACGAAUGCCCUGCACAGACUCAAAGUGGCUCCAACUUGAACAAUCUCCUACCUCCAGCAUGCUUGGGCUCCAACAGCUUCAACAACGUGGCGAGGAGGAAGAGCACCAAGAGGAGACCGUCACGACUGCUGAUUGGUGAGCUCAGAGCCAUCAAGACUUUGGGCAUCAUCAUGGGGACCUUCACAAUAUGCUGGCUGCCGUUCUUUGUUGCCAACAUUAUCCAAGCUUUUAAUGAAACACAACUGGACAAUCGGCUGUUCUUGUCUUUGAACUGGCUGGGUUACAUCAACUCUGGUCUCAAUCCCAUCAUCUACUGCAGGAGUCCGGAGUUUCGAACUGCUUUCAAGAACCUAAUCGGCUGCUCGUGGUUGUCCACGGUGUGGUUAAACUCUUUUUAUAAGGAACUGCGGACUCGCUGCUCCUGUUUUCUGUGGCAAACUGAGUCAGGCACUGUGGGGUCUUUCCAAAAGUCUCCAGGCGGUAGGACUGGUGGCAGUGGCAGCCUGGGCAGCAGAAGUGACGAGAUGUCUAUUGGUCUUUCACAGUCCAAUGGCAGCACACAGUUCACCGACUGUUUUGAACCAGAAUCCCAAAUCUCCAAUACUGAAGACUUCGUUGGCGAUUUAUCCUACAAGGAAGUGAAAGUCAGGACAAACGCUGACCUUGAUGCACCUGCGCGGACACCAAACGGACGAACACCCCACCAGUUUGAACCUGUCCAACCAGAUGGUUCUGCUGGGGCUGAUGUGGAAGCUGCCAAUGGUGAUGGGCCAAACUGAGCAGAAACUGUUAACUGCGGCACAUUCACAAUAAAAGGAUGGCUGAACUGAUAAAUGUUGAUCUACUGAAGCAAACUGUUACUGUGAUUCCUGCGGCGUCUGAGACCAAUCGGCCUUGGAGACAAGUCAAAGUACAACAACAGCUGAACGAAGCUUUCCCCAACAAGAUGAACGGACUGGCGAAAAGCAGCAGCUUUGGCUCGGAAGGGACCGCUGCAACUUUUUUAUUUUUAUUUUUUUUCUUAAGGCAGGACAUCGACUGCUAUUGCGUGCUGCUCCACAGACAUUUGUUGACACCAGAUGUACUUUCUGCUGCCAUCCACAUGUUGACGUAUUGUUUACAUAGAGUGUUCCUGAUUAAGACAGAUGCACAUUCUAAAAGCGUUUCUAAUCCUUCAAACACAGCGUACAAUAUGAGCCCGGUGGUCACAGAAAUGUCAGCUCCAACUAAUUAUUUACAGUGCAUUAAGUGGUAAAUUAUGUAUUUAUGAUGCACUGAAUCUGUAGCAAAAUGACCGGUUCUUUCAAGGCUGGCGUCAUUGUAGAGACACUUUCAUCACACAAACCUUUCCAUACCAACAAGAUGUGCAGUGAAAUAUUCAACUCUGUCCUGUUAUUUGUUCUGAGCUUCGGCUCUUUGUUCGCACAAAUUUCCCUCGACUCCUUUUUGUUGUUGUUGUUUUUUUUUUGUUUUUUACUUUGUUAUAACGUGAAAGUAUCUGUUAUAAAACCUUCAAUAUGA